AUGUGGGGUUCACUGAGCAAUUUUCUGAGUCCAUCUGGCAUAGACCUCGACAACAUAAGCGAAGCCAUCCGAAUUAAUAGAUGUAAACGAACCGAAGGCAAAGGGGGGUGGAAAGUGUUGCCAAAAGACUCUUGGGAUCUUUACAAUAAAUAUAAAAAACGUCGCCAAACCGUAAAGAAAGACAUUAUAACUAAAAAGAAAUCAGAAAAGCCAAAAUCAAACGGCAAAAGGUCUCGCGCGAGGACCCUCAUCAAGUCUAAGAAACUUAUUCGGAAACGUAAAUUAUGGGUACAGGUAAAUAAUAAUCGAAAAAAGAAGAAUUUGAAAAGAAUGAACACGAAGAAGCGAACAUAUAAAAGGUCUUACGGACAGUCGAAGAGGAAACCCCGAUAA